AUACCACCCCCAUCCAUUCUUUGAAUCAAAGCGACAAGAAAUAACAAACCUCUCUGCGCAAUUUCCCUGCAUCACUCUCCUCUCCCCUUCUUUUUUUUUUUUUUUCUUUUUCUUUUUCCCUUUCUAUUCUUUCUCUCUCUUAAUUCUCUAAUGGCUCUCAAGGCCGUUCACGUCUCCGACGUCCCUUCCCUCGAUCACGUCACAGAGAAUGCCUCUUUGACCGCCUACGCCACCCGCUUCUCCAACGUGGAGAUGAAUCGGAGUGAGUUGAAGAUGCCGAAGUUUGUGGUGGUAGGGCACAGGGGACACGGCAUGAACCAGUUGCAGUCGUCGGAUCGGAGAAUGAGAGCCAUCAAGGAGAACUCAAUCAUGUCCUUCAACGCCGCUGCUGCUUUCCCUCUCGAUUUCAUCGAAUUCGACGUUCAGGUGACAAAAGAUGACUACCCGGUCAUUUUCCACGACGACUUCAUCUUCUCCGAAGAGAACGGUAAUGUGUUUCAGACGAGAAUGACGGAUCUAACCCUCUCUGAGUUCCUUUCGUACGGUCCUCAGAGAGAGGCUGGAAAGGAAGGGAAAAAGUUGCUGAGGAAAACAAAGGAGGGUAAUAUACUCAAGUGGGACGUUGAAAAGGAUGACCCACUCUGCACUCUCGAGGAAGCUUUUGUCAACGUUGAACCCUCUAUAGGUUUCAACGUUGAGCUUAAGUUCGAUGACCACAUUGUUUACCAGCAAGAUCAUCUUGUCCAUGUUCUUCAGGCUGUCUUGAAGAUUGUGUUUGAAUAUGCCAAGGACAGGCCUAUCAUAUUCUCUACUUUUCAGCCAGAUGCUGCAAUACUUGUUCGUAAAUUGCAAAGCACCUACCCUGUAUUCUUCUUGACUAACGGAGGAUGUGAAAUCUAUGAGGAUGUGAGAAGGAAUUCUUUAGAGGAGGCCCUGAAGCUCUGCUUGGAGAAUGAUUUGCAAGGAAUUGUCUCUGAGAUCAAAGGAGUUUUCAGGAACCCCGGAGUUGUAAGCAAGAUCAAGGAGUCCUCGCUUUGCCUUCUUACUUACGGAAAACUAAACAAUGUUCCUGAGGCAGUGUACAUGCAACAUCUUAUGGGAAUUGAUGGGGUGAUUGUUGAUCUGGUGAAAGAAAUAACAGAGGCCGUUGCGAAUAUGAUAAAGCCAGUGAGCAACAAUGCGGUGGGUGGCGAAGAGGGCUUGGCUGAAAUAGAAGGGAUGGGGAAGUUGCAGGUGAAGUCAAAUCCUAAAUUCUCGCAGGAGGAAAUGUCUUUUCUCUUCAAGCUGAUUCCACAGUUGUUGCAGAUUUGAAGAGAGAUUAUGGUCCUUUCAUACAUACAGAUAGUCUAGGAGUCACUACUUACUUUACCUUGGGUCGCUUUUUUCCCCCUUUUCAUUUUGGUUAUAACAAGAAUACACAAAUGGGGGUUUGAAAGGAGAUUUAAGCAAAUUGUAUAUAUUUCUUCUUAAUGUGUAUGUAAAAGUGAUUGCUUGAUGGCUCUCUUCUUUCAGAAACCGUAGUUGUCAGCUUCCCUUCAUUGUGUCCAUAUAACGUACUUACAUUUCAACAUUACGUGAUGUAUGUAUGUAUAUUUUAAUGGAGAAAUAUGGAAACUUUUAUGUGCCAUA